UCAAACAAUAGAAUAAUAUUUUAAAAUAAAAGGAUAAUCCUUUAACAUAUAUUCAAUCUUUCAAAUAUCUUAAUUUUAUAGUUCAAUAAACGCUUGGAAAAAAUACUUAACGCCAUGCAAAAGUUUAGUUGGCAUCAAAUGUUUUUCCACUUGUUCUUAUUUGCUAUUGGAGCAGUUCACACGCAAACUUUUAAUGGCUCCGUCCCAAUAGAAUCUGCAAUAUUAUCCUGGACUCAAAUAUUUAUUAAUGAUAAUCCUGGCCUCCAGUUCUUAAAUUCUAAUUGGAACUUCAACGAUUUUCGUUACUACGUUCUCCAGGAUGGUUUGUACAUGAAAAACUACUCCCAUGUCUACACUCGUAUUCCAACACUCUGUUCCGGUCAGCCAAAUACAAAUGCAUUUUACAACCGAUUAAACAAAACACUUUUUAAUAUUUCCGAAUAUGAAAAUUUUUUCGAAAUUAAGUACUCUUCAAAUGAUAUGAUAUUUUCAGAUGUGCUUAAUAAAUAUUUUGAACACUACGCUCAACAGCAAACAUGUAAAGACUUAGUUUCGGCAAUGCUUCCAUGCCUAUGUCUCUACCCAACAAUAAUUAAUGCUCUUAUUCCAAACAUGGACCAGUUUGAUCCAUUGGUCAAAAAAUGGAUAGAAUUCAAUAAAUCUUCAGGAACUACAUGUAAAAUUGGUCAAAAUAUUCUUGUUGACUAUGGAAUAGGUGAUGCACCUCCUCUUAUUUCGUUUAACAAAUCUGUUGAGUUCGAAUAUGCUGUAUUUGAGCUUAAAUCGCCUUACAUAUUAAGCUGUGCUGGAACAGCCAAGAAUAAUUUUUUAACUUACCAAGUUUUGUUGCUUUUAUUUUGUAUCUUGUAUUGAAUUUUAUUUAUAUUUUAACGGUCAUUUUAAAAUUUGUAGUCUUUUGGGUGAUGUUUUUUU